AUGGUCACUCUCAAGGGUCGGCCCUGCCUCAAGGCUUUUCAGUCUCCGACGUGGCUUCCGUCCGUCGCCCUCUGGAGAAGUUACGGGGCAUCGGAGUCCCCGCGGGAUGGGGCGGCGCGACAGGCUUCCAUCUCCCGACUCAGGCGUGGACGGGGCAGCCAGACGCGCGCCGCAGGGGAAGAAGGCCCCUGGCGCAGGCCCCGGAUAUUUGUGUCAGCGCUGCCGCCGCCGUCUCAGCUGAUGGGUCGGGACACCCGCUCGCGCUCGCGGUCGACUGGUCGCAGGCGCCGUAGGCAACGGAGCGGGAGCCGGAGCCAGAGCCGGAGCCGAAGUCGGAGCGGGAGCCAUGGGCGGCGAAGCCGCCGGCGCCGGGACGACGAAGUACGGCGCCGGCGGAGGCGGCAGAGCCGGGAGCGCAGCCCUGCCGUUGCAGAGCUGACACUCAGCAGGUCCCCGGUGAGGGAUGCGGUGAGGGAUGCUCGGGAGCCCCAGGGGCCGGCGGCGCCUGUGGAGGCCCAGGAGGCCCAGGGAGCCGUGGCCGCGGCCUCACGCCCUCCCCUGCAGCCACCAUGUGGCCUGGUGGGAGGGACGCGGCUCUGCUCAGCGGGCAUUGCUUGGCCCUUCCAGGCCCUGGAAAAGAAGGGGAUCAGCCACCUGGAGGAGAAGGAGCUGAAGGAGCGUAACAAGAGGAUCCAGGAGGACAACCGCCUGGAGCUGCAGAAGGUGAAGCAGCUGCGGCUGGAGCGGGAGCGGGAGAAGGCCAUGCGCGAGCAGGAGCUGGAGAUGCUGCAGCGGGAGAAGGAGGCCGAGCACUUCAAGACGUGGGAGGAGCAGGAGGACAACUUCCACCUGCAGCAGGCCAAGCUGCGCUCCAAGAUCCGCAUCCGGGACGGGAGGGCCAAGCCCAUCGACCUGCUGGCCAAGUACAUCAGCGCCGAGGACGAUGACCUGGCCGUGGAGAUGCACGAGCCCUACACCUUCCUCAACGGGCUCACCGUGGCCGACAUGGAGGACCUGUUGGAGGACAUCCAGGUGUACAUGGAGCUGGAGCAGGGCAAGAACGCCGACUUCUGGCGGGACAUGACCACCAUCACGGAGGACGAGAUCACCAAGCUCCGCAAGCUGGAGGCCUCGGGCAAGGGCCCAGGGGAGCGGCGGGAAGGAGUGAACGCCUCGGUCAGCUCCGACGUGCAGUCAGUCUUCAAGGGGAAGACAUACGGCCAGCUGCAGGUCAUCUUCCAGGGCAUCGAGGGCAAGAUCCGGGCCGGGGGCCCCAACCUGGACAUGGGCUACUGGGAGAGCCUGCUGCAGCAGCUCCGCGCCCACAUGGCACGUGCCAGGCUCCGAGAGCGGCACCAGGACGUGCUGCGGCAGAAGCUGUACAAGCUGAAGCAGGAGCAGGGCGUGGAGAGCGAGCCGCUGUUCCCCAUCCUCAAGCAGGAGCCCCCGGCCCCCGGCCCCAGCCUGGAGCCUGAGGACCCAGCGCCGACCCCGCCCGGGCCCUCCUCGGAGGGGGGCUCUGGGGAGCCAGAGGCCGAAGGGGCAGCCCCGGCGGAGGGGGAGGCGGACGGGGAGGCCGUGCUCAUGGAGGAGGACCUGAUCCAGCAGAGCCUGGACGACUAUGACGCCGGCAAGUACAGCCCCCGGCUGCUCACGGCCCACGAGCUGCCGCUGGACGCGCACGUGCUGGAGCCGGACGAGGACCUGCAGCGCCUGCAGCUGUCCCGGCAGCAGCUGCAGGUCACAGGUGGGGGCCGGUGUCGUCCCCCCGCAGGACGCGGGGAGGGUGCGUCUCCCGGGGCGGCCCCCGCCCUGCACCCAGAGGCUCCGCAGGGUCCCCGCCGGCCGCGGCCC